AUGAAGUUUAGUUUAUUAGUUUCUAGUUUGAUUUUUUCAUUCUGUUCAAUUGCCUUGGCUGGUGAUUCUCCAACUCCCGAAGUUGAAGUUGUUGGUAAUAAAUUUUUCUUUAAGAAUAAUGGUUCUCAAUUUUUAAUGAGAGGUAUUGCUUAUCAACAAAAUGUUGCUAACCAAACCGAUACUACUUCUUUUGAAGAUCCUUUGGCUGAUGCUGAUGCUUGUAAAAGAGAUGUUGAAUACUUGCAAAAAUUAAACACCAACACUUUAAGAAUUUAUGCUGUUAAUACUACUAAAAAUCAUGAUGAAUGUAUGAAAACUUUUGCUGAUGCUGGUAUUUAUAUCAUUGCUGAUUUAUCUGAACCAAGUGAAUCUAUUAACAGAAACUCUCCUGAAUGGAACUUGGAUUUAUAUAAAAGAUAUACUGAUGUUGUUGAUAUGUUUUCUAAAUAUGAUAAUAUCUUAGGUUUCUUUGCUGGUAAUGAAGUUACCAAUAAUAAAUCAAAUACUGAUGCUUCUGCUUUUGUUAAGGCUGCCAUUAGAGAUACUAAGAAAUAUAUUAAAGAUGAAAAAAAGAAAUCCAUCCCAGUCGGUUACUCUUCAAAUGAUGAUGAAGACACUAGAAUUGCCAUUGCUGAUUACUUCUCUUGUGGUGAAAUUGAAGAACGUGCUGAUUUCUUUGGUAUUAACAUGUAUGAAUGGUGUGGUAACUCUAACUUCAAAUCUUCUGGUUAUGCUGAUAGAACUGAACAAUAUAAAAAUUUAACCAUCCCAGUCUUCUUUUCUGAAUACGGUUGUAACGCUGAUAGACCAAGAAAAUUCACCGAAGUUGGUACUUUAUUCAGUGAUAAAAUGACUGAUGUCUGGUCUGGUGGUAUUGUUUACAUGUACUUUGAAGAAGAAAAUGAAUAUGGUUUGGUUUCUGCUUCUGGUAAAAAUGUUAAAACUUUAGAUGAUUUCAAAUAUUACUCUAGUGAAAUUAAUAAAAUCUCUCCUUCUUAUGCUAAAUCUUCUCAAGUUAAAUCUGCUUCUUCCACUUUAAAAUGUCCAAAAUCUGCUUCUACUUGGAAAGCUUCUGAAACUUUACCUCCAACCCCUGAUAAAGAUGCUUGUGAUUGUAUGGCUAAAUCUUUAUCUUGUGUUGUCGCUGAUGAUGUCGAUGACUCUGAUUAUGGUGACUUAUAUGGUUACAUCUGUUCUAAGAUUGACUGUUCCGAUAUCACUUCUGAUGGUGCUAAAGGUAAAUACGGUGGUUUCUCCUACUGUGCUGAUAAAGAUAAGUUAUCUUACAUUUUGAAUAAAUACUACGAAAAGAAUGGUAAAUCUAAAUCUGCUUGUUCUUUCAAAGGUUCUGCUUCUUUGAAUAAGAGUGCUUCCACCGCUAAAUCUUGUUCUUCUAAGAUUGCUCAAGCUACUAAAGGUGGUUCUAAAUCUGGCUCCUCUGGUUCUUCCUCUUCUGGUGACUCUAGUUCUGGUUCUUCCUCUGGUGGUUCUGGUUCUUCUUCUACCUCUAGUGGUAAAUCAUCCGGUGCCGCUCAUUUCAAACCUGCCUCUAAAGGUGAAUUAUUCGCCGUUGCCUCUAUGGUUACCUGUUUUGUUGGUGGUGUUUCCUUCAUUUUCGCUUAAGGAAGCUUUUAAAC